AUGAAAUUCAGCAUUGUGCACUUUGAGAAACCUUCUUCUGCCAAUACCACCCACAACUCUUCAGACAAUGUUUUAUCAUUCUCUCAACAAAAUUCGCUGAAACACCACUCCUUCUCCUCUAAUAAUGCUUCAUUCUCUGGUGGGAGAAAAUCACCACCAAAUCAAAAACUUGUAAUGACUCGAAGAACUGAAAUUCUGGAGCCAUUGAAAAAGUUAGAUGAUUUGAAACAGAUUCAAUUAUCAAUUAUUCAACAACGGUUGGCUCAAUCAAACUCUUCGAGUCAAUCAAGGAAAUCACCUGAAUUGAAUAGUUCCACGACGAAGGUGGCUCAAUCUCUUCUAAAUCAAUCCAUUGUGAGUAGGAGGACAGUUCCACCUCCUCAAACAAUUCCUUCCCAACAUACUCAUGUUAUUCUCCAUUCUCCUGUGAAUACAGUUCAUUACGAACAAGCUACUGCAACUCUUGCUAUACCAAUAAUUUACCAGCACCAAACCAAUUUGCAAAUUCCACACAAUCACCAUCCCAUGCUUAUUCCGAAUACAAUCAAAUAUCAAGCACCUCAAAAUUACCAUCACCUCCCUGUAAAUACUCCACCAAAACCAGCAUGUACAGUAUCGUAUGAGAGAGUAGUGUCCUAUGAACGCCCUCAUGCUCCAUCAACCAUGAAUCCUCCUCAUCAACACCAUGCUCCAAGCUCUCUAGCUCUACAAGCAAAAUCAGCUCAGGAGCACUCUCCACAUCCUCCUCCUCAAUACUCUAAACAAACCAUUUCAAAACCUUCCAAAAUGUCAGAGAAUGCAUCAUGUGGAAGAAAAAUCAAACGAGUUUCCAUUUCCUUCAAUGAACUCCUCAAUGAAGACCAUGAAUUUAAAUCAAGCCAUUAA